ACACUUGGUAUUGUAUAGAAGGAUAUAUACCUAUAUAUAUUGAACUUCUUUCGAUUUCAACGACGUAAUUAAGACGUAACGAACGAACCGUGAAAUUGGAUUAGCCCGUUGGGCUCUUUCAGCCCAAGAGACCGGAGAGAUGUCAAUUCGGGCGGCAACUCACCGUCUCGUACAAAAUGGUCGGGUAUUACUACGUGCCCUUAGAAACAAAGAAAAUUUCUAUUCCAACGAAUGUUCAAAGGAUUAUCUCAACAAGAUACACGUUGUGCAAGUAGGCAAAUCCCUGGGUCCUCAGUCCCAAGGGAACAUCACUAAUGUUUCCGUAACAAGUCAUCAUUUUGGAUUUUUGGGAUCUCAUGCAAGACGUUUAUUCGUUGAUAAUAUCUUAAAAAGAGUCACAAGCAGACUCGCUGCUGAUUUACGUAAACGUGCAGCUAGACGUCUUGUGUUCGGUGAUUCUGCUCCAUUUUUUGCACUCGUUGGUACAUCUUUAGCAUCAGGAAGUGGAAUAUUGACUAAAGAUGAUGAAUUGGAAGGAGUUUGCUGGGAAAUUCGUGAAGCAAUAUCUAAAUUACAAUGGAACAUGCCACAAAAUGAUAAAAAUUAUGAUAUUGUGAAAAUCAAUGAAAAUGGUAUCAGCUUAAAUGAUUUGAAAAUUGGUCCUAUUAUUGAUAAAGGUUGCUCCGCAGUCGUUUAUUCGGCAAAAUUUAAAGAAACUACACAUAUUGUAUCUACAAUAUCAAAACUAGAUAAUCAUGGAAAAAAUGAAGAUGAAUAUUCAUUUCCUUUGGCAUUAAAAAUGAUGUUCAAUUAUGAUGCAGAAUCCAAUGCGACAACAAUACUUAGAGCUAUGUAUCGUGAAACUAUUCCUGCCUGGAAUCGUUACAACAACGAAGAAUUAGCAGAAUGGGAACAUAGGAUGGCUGAAAAUAUGUCUUUGUUACCUCCCCAUCCUAAUAUUGUAGUAAUGUAUUAUGUAUUUGCUGAUAGAGUUCCAGCAUUACCCGGAUGGAGUAUAAUGUAUCCUGAUGCUCUACCAGCACGUAUUAAUCCUCAUGGAUCUGGCAGAAACAUGAGUCUUUUUUUGUUGAUGAAAAGGUAUAACACUACUUUGAAAAAAUAUUUAUCCACUUACAAUGUGAGCUUACGCGAAUCAAUAUUAUUACUGGCUCAGCUAUUGGAAGGAAUUGCUCACAUAAAUGCUCAAGGAAUUGCACACAGAGAUCUGAAGAGUGAUAAUAUACUACUUGAUUUAUCAGAGGAAACAGAUAAUUGCCCUUCUUUGGUACUCACCGAUUUUGGCUGUUGUUUAGCCGACAAAAAUUAUGGUUUAUACAUGCCUUAUAAUACGGAAAACGUUGAUAAAGGUGGCAAUAUUGCAUUAAUGGCACCAGAAGUUAUAUCAGCAAAACCUGGGCCUUUUACAAGUAUAAAUUAUACUAAAGCAGACCUCUGGACUGCAGGCACUAUAGCUUAUGAAAUUUUUGGUGAAAAGAAUCCAUUCCUUGAAAGUUCUGAUAAAAAUGCUGUACUUAAAAAUUAUAGUUAUGAAGAACAAUAUCUUCCUUCAUUCUCAAAUGAUGUUCCAAAUAUUAUUGUUGCUUUAAUAAAUAAUAUGCUAUCAAAAAAUUUGUCUAAGAGACACACCGUAGAAAUGGCUGCAACUAUAAUGCAAUUGUAUUUAUGGGCACCUAGUUCAUGGUUCAGAAAUGAAAGCAAAGUACCUUCUAGUAAUGAAAUCAUGGAAUGGCUAUUGUGUUUGACAACUAAAGUUCUAUGCGAAGGCCACAAUGGCUCACCAUUAUUAAGGAAAACUUUAAAUGAUAAAAAUGAACAAAGUUCCUAUCGUCAAUUGUUAUUAACACGUUCAUGUGGAAGACGCACAAUGCCAGAAUAUCAAUUAAUUGCAAGUUUUCUUGGUAGAGUUACUCUUUCAAAUGUUAGAAGUGCUUUACGAUGGAUACAAAAAAAUGUGCAAUAGCUUUAUUUUUCUUUUUUGAUAAAAAAGUAAUAUAAAGUAAUGAUAUUGCUUAAUUACUUCUAGUACUUAUAAAUCGCAAAUAUUAAAAAAAAAGCACUGUUUUAUUUAUACGAUAUGACAUUUGUUAAAAAUGUCGAUAAUAAUCUAAUUCACAAUGGAAUAAUCAAUUGUGAUAAAUUUUUUGAUCUAUCUUCACUUGCUGAUUUUUGUUUCUUUUAAAGUAUAUUUUUGAUACUUCAAAGGAUACAAAAGAUAAAUAUUGCAAUAUUACAUAUAUAAAUAAGAAAGUUAUUUUUUUCUUUAAUUUAUAAGUUAUGGAAUGCUAUUACACGCAUGUAAUCUAUCCAAAGCUUUUAAGUAAAAUGAUUAUAAGUUAUUGUCGAACAUUGCACAUUAAAUUAACAUUACUUAUUUUAUUUUUUAAUAAUAUAUACAUUAUGCAUAUUAUGUUUAACAUAUUUAAGUAUCUUAAAGAAAUAUUUUUGUAAUAUUUAAUUGGACAUGUUUAUAUAAAUUUGUUACUUAUUUAAAAUCAAAAUGAAUUAAAAAAGGAUUAAAUUAAAAGUGAUAUUUUUUGUUAUAUGAAUAAUUGAAUUUUUGAAAUAUGUAUAUAUUGGCAUCAAUCUUGUACAAUAAUGUAAAAAG